CCGCCUUUUCCGGUGUCACAGUUAUUCGCCACUUGGGCUCCAUGGCUUCGCUGGGAAGGCAGGUUCCUGAGUGGCAUCGUCUAAUGGCCCUCUCCUGGGCCUGUUUGGCUAGGCAGUCCCCUCAUCUCAGAGAACAGAAACAGAUGAGUCCUUUUUUGUCUUGCAAACUGACUACAGUGCCUGGUAGAGGAAGCUUUCAAGAGUUUUCCAGCAUUGGACCCAAAAAGUAUGUGCAGGAACCAGAAAACAGGACACGUCUUGUUCAGUGUCUUCAUGUGGGACAGAAGCCUUGUGUGGAUCCUGAGUCCUUGGAGCCAGAAAAGGUCAUCAGUUCCCUCCAGGACAUGGGUUUUGCUGAAGCCCACAUUCACAGCUUGUUUAGUAUACAGCCAAGUGUCCAUCCUCAGCAGUUGCUGGACAUAGUUUCAGAACUCCUUCUCUUGGGGUUGAACCCAGAGCCUGUAUUUAAUGCCUUGAAGAGAAAUCCCCAGUUGCUGAAACUGUCUAUCAUGCAAAUGAAGAGGCGUUCCAGUUACCUUCGGAAGCUUGGCCUUGGAGAAGGGAAACUGAAGCGGGUGCUGUGCGUUUGCCCUGAGGUUUUCACCAUGCAUCAGCGGGACAUUGACAGCGUUGUGAAGGUCCUCAGGGAGAAGUGCUUGUUCACAGCACAGCAUGUCACAGACGUUCUGCACAGAUGCCCCACUGUUUUGCAGGAGGACCCCAACGAGCUAGAAUACAAAUUCCAGUAUGCAUAUUUCAGGAUGGGACUCACACAUCUAGACAUAGUCAGGACGGAUUUCUUACAGUAUUCAAUAACCAAGAUCAAGCAGAGACACAUUUACCUGGAGCGCCUUGGACGGUACCAAACCCCUGAUAAGAAGGGGCAGACACAGAUCCCUAAUCCCUCACUGAAGAACAUUCUCAGAGUUUCUGAAACUGAGUUUUUGGCCAGGACAGCCUGUUCCUCUGUUGAGGAAUUUCAAGUUUUUAAAAAGCUCUUGGAUCAAGAGGAGGAGGAGUCUGAGAGUCAUGCAUCUGAGGAGGAAGAGGAAGAGGAGGAAGAGGAGGAGGAGGAGGAGGAGGAGGAGGAGCUACUGUGACAGAACACUGGGAUGUCGAAGCUUUGGGGAGCUUCACCUGGAUCUUCUCAAGCACUUUUGAUCCCAACACUGGUCUUUGAUGGGGGAAAAAACAACCUGUAAUGAUGCACUGGAGAUCAAGGUAGAUACAUCCAACCAAAUUAGGGAUGCUUUGUUGUGGACUAGUGGCUUCUGUGGGAAGCCCUACUCCAUCCUUAAUAAAGGACUUGGCUGUCAAAA